CCGCCGCUCCCGGCCCGGUCCGGCCCGGCCCACCCAGCGCAGCGAGAUGGCGGCGGACGCCGGGCUCAGCAUCCAGCUGCUGCUGGAGGCCGCCGAGUACCUGGAGCGGCGGGAGCGAGAAGCCGAGCAUGGUUAUGCCUCACUGUUGCCCGGGAAGGACGGGGAGGGCCUGCGGCGCCGCGUCAAGGCCAGGAAGAGCGGCGGCGGCAGCAGGUCGACACACAAUGAGAUGGAGAAGAACAGGCGUGCCCACCUGCGGCUGUGCCUGGAGAAGCUGAAGGGCCAGGUGCCCCUGGGGCCUGCCAGCAGCAAGCACACCACCCUCAGCCUGCUGACCAAGGCCAAGCUGCACAUCAAGAAGCUUGAGGACUAUGACAGGAGAGCUGUGCACCAGAAGGAGCAGCUGCUGAGGGAGCAGAGGCACCUGAAGAGGCAGCUGGAGAAGCUGGGCAUGGAGCGGGUGCGGAUGGACAGCAUCGGCUCCAGCCUCUCCGAGCGCUCCGACUCCGACCGAGAAGAGAUGGAGGUGGAUGUGGAGAGCACAGAUGAUCUGCCAGCAGACCUGGACUGGAGCAGCAGCAGCAGCAGCAGCAGCCCCAGCGACUCGGACGAGCGAGGAAGCCUCCCCAGCGUCUGCAGUGACGAAGGUUACUCCAGCUCCAGCCUGGAGAGGUUGAAGCUGCAGAGCACUCACAAACCUUCUCUGGGGCUAUAAGAAGCAGCUCCCAAAGCUGGUUUCCCUCCCCACCCCUUCCCACCCCCUUCCUCCAUCACUCUUUCCCCCUCAUCCCAACCAUUCCCUCGCACGGAUGAAGCCCCGAAGGAAGCUGAGCUUCGCCCCCAGUUCUUCCCCCAGCCACCAGCCCAGCUGCUCCCUGCGGCCCCCUCCUCCACUUCCAGCCCCCUCCUCCACUUCCAGCCCCCUCCUCCACUUCCAGCCCCCAGCUUUUUCUCUUCCCAUCCCCAAA